AACUGCCGUAAAACCCCAAAGAAGAAGAGGAAGAAUAGGAGAAGCAGCUUUGGCUGUUUAGUGUGAGUUGCUUUGCCACAAAGUCAUACAACACAGAUCUUUUGGCGUUGAUGGUGAAAGCAGUUUCAACAGGGCCUUUGGCAAUGGCUAAAGACCCAUUAGCAGAGGCAGGCUUUUAUUUCGAUGAACUCAACAAGCUGAGGGUACUGGAGCCUGAUGUCAGCCAGAAGACCUCAGAGCUUAAGGAAGAGUGUAAAGAAUUUGUUGACAAAAUUGGCCAGUUUCAGAAGAUAGUCAGAGGUCUUAUUGAGCUGGUUGAUGAAUUGGCAAAAGAAGCAGAGACAGAAAAGAUGAAGGCAAUAGGAGCCAGAAACCUGCUGAAGUCAGUGGCAAAACAGAGGGAGGCUCAACAGCAGCAGCUGCAGGCCCUCAUUGCAGAGAAAAAGAUGCAGCUUGAGAGAUAUCGUAUUGAGUAUGAAGCGUUGUCCAAAGUGGAGUCUGAGCAGAACGAGUUCAUCGACCAGUUUAUUCUACAGAAGUAAAGAUGUGACCGAGACACCAGAAAAUGUAUAACUUCUGCAAUCACAUUUAGAGUGCCUGUCCUGUUUUCUCUGGGUGAUACCCACUUCAGAGAAUUACUCUGCUGCACCCCCUCUUUCUGAAGCAAUCCCAAAGCUCCAGCUCCAUCUUCAUCCUAUAACACCUACACCUUCCCUUUACACCUAAUUUCUGCUUUUGCGUGUAAAAUAACAUUCAGCUGCUGUUACUGUACAUGUUCCAACUCCGGUCAAAGGGUGUGACAAUUUUCUAUGUUGUAAGCUUGAAUAUACUAGGAACAUUAAUUUUUGUUCUCACCAAAUAUCUCAACAUCUGAGACCAACGUUAAAGAAGAUGGAGCUAUUUAUACAAAGGAAUAUUAUUUAUACUAUUUAUACUUAAGAAUUACUCUGUAUAUCUAGAUAUUACUUUUUGUAUCAAUAGAAAUAUUGCAUGUGCAUGCAUUUGUAAGUACAUUUUGGUUUUAAAUGAUAGAAGAUUGAUACCCCAACUUGACCAUUUUUGUUACGGUUGCUGUUAUUUCAUUUUUCUGGUACAACCAGUCUGUGGGAACAAUACAUGCAGAGUACAGUCUUCUCUUUUUCAAAUACAUUUUUCUCCUCUUUCUAUUAUCUGUAUCAUUGUCUUUCCUGCAUUAAUUAGCUGACAAGUGGUUAUACUUGAAUAAAUACUGUAAAUUAUAUAAGAAAAUGUAUCACUUUUUGCUGUAAAGAUGCUGGACAGGCAGGGGAGCAAGUUUUUACAUUGUGUUAUGUAUUGGUCAAUAAUAGUGACUUGAUAUCCGUAUAUUUUUACACUGUUCCCAGGCUCUUAGCAACUGAGCAUAAGUCAUGGAGGUUAGUCACUGUGGACGAGUAUCUGUGCAUGUCUAUAAUGUAACUCUUAAGCAUACCCUGUAAAUAAGAAAACAAUUAUUGAGAACUGCUUUAUUAAAAAAGAUCAACAGUA